CGGGAUUUCCUGCCUCCCGGAAGAGAGUUGGAAGGGAAUCCGGAAGUGUCUCCAGUGCUGGGCUUCCACAGUAGAGAAUGUGAUGGCUUUGCUGUUAGCAGAAUGAAAUCUCAGCGAGACAGAGGGGAAUGUGCCCGAUUCUACACUGUUACCGACCCCAAGAAGCACCAGAAAGGAUACACUGUUUACCAAGUCACUGCCAGGAUCAUCUCCAGAAGGAAUCCUGAGGAUGUGCAAGAGAUAAUUGUCUGGAAGAGAUAUAGCGACUUUAAGAAGCUGCACAAGGACCUUUGGCAGAUUCAUAAAAAUCUAUACAGGCAGUCGGAACUCUUUCCACCCUUUGCCAAAGCCAAAGUUUUUGGUCGCUUUGAUGAGACUGUGAUUGAGGAAAGACGACAGUGCGCUGAAGAUCUGCUCCAAUUUUCCGCCAACAUCCCUGCUCUCUUUAACAGCAAGCAAUUUGAAGAUUUUUUCAAGGAUGGAGAGGUUCAUGACGGCUCGGAGUUGAUUGGCCCUGCUGAGCCCUUUUCUGAUUUCCUUGCAGACAGUUUAUCGGACUGCAGUUCAGAAGUUCAGAAAGAUUUAAGUGGCAUUGAUGAUUUGACAUUUACCAGUCAAUCAGAGUAUGGAGGUCUCUCGAGUGACAACGAUCUGAUAUCUUUGCGAGUGGACACAGACUCUCUUGCUGAGUUUGAUGAUGGAAUGGCCUCAGCCAGCGACUCCCCAAACAAGCUGCUGGGUGGCCCAUCUCCUGAACCCACACGAAAGGAGUCUGUCGGCCAUGAUCCAGAGAUGAGUAAGAAUGGUGCCGAGGGAGGCAGCAGGGGGGUACUCUUCCCUGGCAGCCAGAAGACCAAAAUGGGGAAGAAAGACUACCUAGAAAAGGCAGGUGAGCUGAUAAAGCUGGCUCUGCAGAAAGAAGCUGAACAGGACUAUGAAGGAGCCUUCUCUUUCUACAGAAGUGGAGUGGAUCUGCUUCUCCAAGGAGUUCAAGGUGAGCCUAGCCCCACACGGCGUGAAGCGGUGAAGAAGAGAACAGCGGAGUACAUAAUGCGAGCCGAACAAAUUUCCAAUCAGUACCUAAAAGCCUCAACAGAAAAUGGAUCAGUACAGACAGUGCCUCCAGGACAGCUAAGUUCAAGGCCCACUUGGAACCUGAGGAGCCCUGCGGAGGAACUGAAGGUUUUCAGAGUCCUCGGGGUGAUUGACAAGGUGCUACUGGUUGUGGAUAAAAGAACGCACGAGACCUUUAUUUUAAAAGGUCUGAGGAAAAGUAGUGAGUGCAGCAGGAACAAAAAGACCAUCAUCCCCCACUGUGUGCCCAACAUGGUGCGUCUGCAUAAGUACAUCAUCUCAGAGGAUUCCAUAUUCCUUGUGCUGCAGCACGCAGAAGGUGGGAAGCUAUGGUCCUAUGUGAGCAAGUUCCUAAACAAAAGCCCAGAAGAUAGUUUCAACAUCCCCUGCAUUGAAAGAUCCCAUCCUACAGAAGUCCUUAAUGUGGAACAAUUAGUGCCUGGCUUAGAAGAUGUAGACAGCAGCAUUGAAUCAGGAGGGCAAAGCGAUGGCAGAACACUGCAGGUUCUGCCCAUGAAGAUCAGCCUGACACCCACCUCCCAAGAAGACAGCAGCACUCAGGAUGAGGAUGGCCAGGACAGCUCUUAUGGGUUACUUGACUCAGGGGCCACAUCUGAAGAGGAAUGUACUAAUAGUUACUUAACAUUAUGUAAUGAGUAUGAACAGGAGAAGAUAGAACCAGACUCUUUGUCUGAGGAGCCACUGCUGAAAUCCGAAGAUGACAGCGCAAGCCCCCACAUCGGGGCACAAUGCUCAAGACCUCAUUCCCUGCUCAGCAAUGACAGCCUGUGUUCCCCAAUCACGGCUCAGGAACUUCAGUUCUUUACUGAAGAUGCAAACCCUGAAGUGUUUAGUCCAACCAAGACCACGGAUUCACUGAACCAGUCUAAAAAGAGCCCUAUGGAGUUUUUCCGGAUAGACAGUAAAGACAGUGCCAGUGACCUUGUGGGUCUUGACCUUGGUGACAAGCUUCCAAGCUUGAAAUCAGAACCAGUAAAACAUUUCUGUGCUGUGCCUGUUGAGGACUCAAGUUCCAGUCCUAUUGACACUGUUGAAAUAAAAGGAGGCACGGCAAACUUUGUUAUUGUAGAUAGUGAUAGAGGAUCCAAUGAGUCAGUUCCUGUUAUCUCAUUCCAAGAUGCUGCUUUUGGAGAUGCAGGAAGUUGCGAUGAAGGCAGACCUGACCUCCUAGUGAACUUGCCAGGUGUUUCUGAUUUUUCUGAAGAAAAACUGACUCUGUCCAAAACUUGCCUCAUAGAAGAGGCAAAAGGAUCCCUUACGUUUGGAAAGCCUGAUGUUUUGCAACUGAAUCACAAUUUAGGCCAAGGAACUACUUUUAAAGGAACACUAGAUGAAGAUUUAUUUGACUCUGGCAAAGCAAUCUCAAAUACCUCAGGCACCACCAAUGAAAAGGAUGCAUCAAUUAAAUUUGGUCCUGGUACUACAAUACCGUUAGAGAAAGAUCAGACUCUUAUUUUAGGUUUAAAAACAGAAAAUGAAACUGUGUUUGAUAGUUUUGAUUCUUUUUCUCAGGAACAUGUCGCAGCAGCUUCUUUAGAACUUCAAACAUCACACAACAUGGACACUCUGUUCGUGGACGUCCGUGAAAUUUCCAGUGUGCCUCCUCUGAGUUUACAUAAACCAGCUGGUUUAGAUGGAAAUAAAGGAAAUUCUGACAAUCAGGUCUUGCUUUUUGUUGAGGAGCACCAAAAUAACAGCAAAAGUGAAGAGUCAAAUGCUACAGGUCCCUGUGAAGAAAAAGUGGUUGGGGACAAAGAAGUUUCUCAGAUCUUCAAGGAUCUGGAUGAACUUUUGGUGCUAGCUUCCCAAGCGCACAUUCCAGAGACGCUCAUUCAGCGCUGGGCAGUGGGCUUGGUUGUUGCCCUUGAUGCACUUCACCGAGAAGGAAUUGUAUGCCGUGAUUUGAACCCAAACAACAUCUUAUUGAAUGAUAGAGGACACAUUCAACUAACGUAUUUCAGCAGCUGGAGUGAGGUUGAAGAAUCCUGUGACAGUGAUGCCAUAGACAGAAUGUACUGCGCCCCAGAAGUUGGAAGUAUAUGUGAAGAAACUGAAGCAUGUGAUUGGUGGAGUUUGGGUGCCCUUUUGUUUGAACUCCUCACUGGAAAGGUACGUUUUGCUCACUGUAUCAGUGCCAUCCUGCAGGAAUCAAUAGGCACACAUCUCUAAACAUGCCAGACUAUGUUUCGGAGAAGGCCAAAUCUUUGGUACAGCAGAUCCAACAGCAGCUAAUUUUAAUCCACUUGUGGCUGCAGCCUGCUUCCUAGACCCUACUGUUGCAAUAGAGACACUCAUUGAAAAUAAAGACAAUGAGUUACAAGAGGUGCUGAAGAAAGCUGAAGAAUACAUUGCUGAUUCAGCCCAAACUCUUUCUGACAAUGAUAGUAGCACAGAAACAACUUCAUCUGCUGAAGGAUCCCAAAGUUGUCCCUCACCAAAAAGAGCCAGAUUCCUUUUCUUUUCAAAAGCACCACAGAAGUUACCAGUUUCAGGAUCUGCUCCUUCAGUCAGGCAUGAAAUCAAGAAGUACAAGCACAUUGUGUCAGAGCUCUGCAGCAGUGAUCCAAAUGGAGUUACAUUUUGGAAAUCACAAAGUCCUGUUACUUGAUUUACUUGCCAUGCCAGCCUCUCAAGCAUUUGCUGAAAGAGUGUUCAGCAUUACUGGAGAUCUUACACAGGGAAAAAGAAACAGAGCCAGAGUUCACCUGGAAAGAUGUGCAUUUUUAAAAAUGAACACUUAGUUUCUAUUUUGUAUAAUUUAGAUUUUAUCAUGAUUUUAAAUAUCAAAGCUCAUAACCUCUACCAUCCACGUUUACUUUAAAGUGUGUACUCCAGUUAUCUAAGGAGAUUCCUUAACCUUAAAUACAGUAUCUUAAUAGCUCCAUGGUAGAGGAGAUUUCUAACUCUGUAUAAUUCAUGACAAAUAUGCUGUAUUUUUUGUUUUUCCAACUUUUAAAUGCUUUGCAAUUUACAAGGGCUCUAAAUAUGGUCUGAAAUAUGACGAUUAUUCUGACACAUUUAAAAUAAAUAUAUCAAAGAAAUCUUUAAAAUGAAUAAGUGUAUGAGUUGUUUUCUUUAAAUUAUUCAUAUUGCUUCUGCCUAAUUUACUUGCUCUUUAAAUUGUUUUGGUGUGUACUUUAAUAGAUAAGGAUUUUUUUCAAAAAUAAAUGUCAUUACACUGAUAUGCUGCACAAACCAGUGGUUUCACAGACCCUGAUUAGCACAAAUCCUGGACAACCUAAUGUUGAUUUUUAGGUGUUAGUCUAGGACUAUUGCUAAUCAGAGUCUGUGAAACAAUAUUGGACUACUCAAUGUUAAUUUAGGUAGGGUAGUCCAAGAUUAGAGAUAAUCUGGGUCUGUGAAACCAUCUUAAAGUAGAUAUGGACUAAAACAUGACUAAGUCCUUGGUAAUAGACUAACUGACCGACUAAACCAAUAUCUAUGACUAAGACUAAAUCUCUUGACCAUUUUCAUCGACUAGACUAAGACUUAAACUUAAUUAAAUUAAAAGACUAAAACUGGACUAAAGUUCAACAGGUUUUCAUCAACUAGACUAAGACUAUGACUAAAAUGAAAAAUGCUGAGAAUUAACAUUGCUACAUACCACUUUUAAAGACAAUUCAUAAAACAACCAUCUAAAAUUUGCCAUGAAAUAAAUAUGAACAGGAAUCUGAAGCAUUCUUCAACAAAAUUCUCUGGUUCAAUAAGAAUAAAAUAUUACUUUUCCCCAAAAAUGGACCACAGUAUAUUUGGAGAAAACAUGAAAGCCUUCAAUGAAGAAAUCAUUGUACCUACAGUUAAAUAUGGAGGUGAUUUGAUCAUAAUAGCAUUUUAGCAGUUCACGAACGAGACAUUCAUGUGAUUGACGAUUUGAAUUAAUGCAGCCUUGUAUCAAAACAUACUACAAAGUACAAUGGUUCCAUCUCCUUGUAGGCUGAUUGGCAGACAGUUGAUCUUCCAACACGACAACGACCCAAAACAUAUGGCUAAGUCAACUCUGGAAUUCUUGAAGAAAACAGAGAUAAAAGUUCAUAAUCACCAAUCCAAUAGAAAUGUUUUGGGCUGAUCUGAAAAAAGGUGAAGCCAAGCAUUGUGCAUUCAGUCUAUCUGAGCUGAGGGAAAUAUGCAAGACAGAAUGUGCCCAAAUUUCACAAACAAGAUGUAACUUACUGGUUAAGAAUGAUCCUAAACGACUGAAAGCCAUAAUAAAAGCAAAAGGAAGACACAUGAAAUACUUAAGCAAGGGUGCCAGUACUUUUUUCAUGAACAAAUACUUAAAUUUAAAUAAGUGUGUUUGUUUUUUUGAUACAGAUUAUUUGUUAAAUUUCUAGAAAUGGUGUAUUUUACUUUUUGUUUUAUUACAAAGUGGUUAAAGUUUAUGAAAUGCUAUUAUGGUAUAAUAAGUAUAGGGUGCCAAUACUUUUGUCUGCGACUGUACAUUAUUUAUCAGAUAUCCAUAACUGAAAAAAAAAUUACAUACAAACACUCAUUUCAAACAGGUGUUUCACGUGUUUCAAAUCAUGUGUCCAUCCCUGUCCAUCCCUUGCACACAUAAUCAUAUAUCACACAAAAUAAUAGAAUGCAUAAAAUUCACAGUUUUUUUAAUUCAUUUUUGAGUUGUGGAAAUAACAUUUAAGUUUGGAGUAAAUCCCAGAUAUGCGUUCAGUUAUGUGCUUACACUUAUAAUGUACUGAGAGAAAAUGCAACUUUGUAAAGUCCAAGAAAUAUGAGCCAACUCAGUCAGCUAGAGGUAAGGGUCAUUUUCCCCAUGUAAAGAGGUGGGAACAUUAUCAAAACCAUUUUUUUUUUUCCUUCUUAAGUGUCACAUUCAACCAGUGGCUUGAACAGUUGCCUGAAUGUUGCCUUCAUGGGUUGAAGGGAUUAAGCAGAGCCUUUACAUUUGUCAGUGCAGACUCAAAGAUUGUGAUUUUAUUUAUUUUUGGAUCUGCAUUGCUUUUUGUAAGAAAUCUUAGCAACAAAGUACCGCCACACAUAAUGCGUUUCAUGAAGCCUUGGCAAUAACAAUAUGAAUUGGGAGAAACUAGCAUCAAGAGUUCUAUACAGUAUGUACACUUUGAAACAAAUGCCCAUUAUGAAUGCUUAUGAAAGGCCCCUUACUAAUUAAAAACAGAAUCCCCAGGGAUCAGACAUUUAACUAAUGAAAGCUGUAUUCUAAUAAAAAUGACUCAUUUAAUUAUAAGCAAUGAAUACAUUUCCUGGUGUGGGUGGGGGCAUCUCAUAAUCAAAGUAGAGCCAUCACUUUAUCCUGCUUCACCCCCCCCCCCCUCCCACACACAUACAGACAAAAAAAAAAGCUAAAUAAUAUUGAAUACAUUUAGUCUGUAAAACAUUCAGGUUAAAUUUGAUUCAAAAUAACUACAACAAAUAGGCCACAAAAAUAUGUAAAUAUUAUUUAGUGAUAUAGAGUACUGUUAAGGGAUGUGUGUUAUUUAUUCACAACUCAGUAAGCUUGCUAUAGCAUGUCAUAUUGAUAGCUGAAUAUGUCGACUAUCAGAAUGAAGGUAUUGAAAAAGUACUUAAAUACGGGUCCCAGCUGUUGAUGUAAAAAAGAAAGAAAAAUGAAACUUAAUGAUGGAUCAAAAUCCUAUUGGGAAUUAGCUAAUGAGCUGGCCAAGAACAUUACUAUUCACGUUAUUCAAAGACUCUCUUUCGCUACCACUUCUGCUGUACUUCUCUUUAAGUACAAUACAGCUAAACCACCUGAGUGUAACCAAUAACUUGCCCCCCCUACAACACUGCCCCGAGUAGACAUAGGACAUGCCCCAUUUCUCCAGCUGUACUCCAGAGAAGACAUGAAAAAGAAAUCUGUAGAGGCGACAUGGAGACUUUUAACUUUUUAGUUUUAAAACGAUAUGCAAAGUAAUUCAAAGAAGAAGAAUACAUUAUUUAGGGAAAGUGUCAUAGUUCAGACCCAUACCAAGGUGCUCUUUAAACAUGUCUGUGUGGUCCAGUGGUUAAAGAAAUGGGCUUGUAACCAGGAGGUCCCCGGUUCAAAUCCCACCUCAGCCACUGACUCAUUGUGUGACCCUGAGCAAGUCACUUAACCUCCUUGUGCUCCGUCUUUCGGGUGAGACGUAGUUGUAAGUGACUCUGCAGCUGAUGCAUAGUUCACACACCCUAGUUUCUGUAAGUCGCCUUGGAUAAAGGCGUCUGCUAAAUAAACAAAUAAUAAUAAUAAUAAUAAUAAUAAUAUACUCAGUUGUUUCCCACGUUAUUAGGGAAUCAGAAUCUGGGGAUUUAGGGAGGAACUUGUCCCUUUGUCUUUACUUCCAUACACCAUACUUAUAUUUUUUUAUAUUUAUACUGUGUAUGCUGUGUAGACUGUGUUUCAUGAUACAUGAUUAUUGUUGUGUGUUGCCUCAGUAGAAGUCACAUACUGUACAUGGCAAGCUGUGUACUGAGAAUAGCUUACUUCUCACUG